GCUACUUAGGCUGUCGUCUUUGUGUGGUUCAAGGAUUACCUUUACAACUUUGGGGUCGCGGUAGCACGAUUUUGGCGUUGUGUAGAAAUCCAGCGUGCAUGAAUAAACAAUGCCAUUAACUCGUGGUUGUUUAUUUUAAUUUAAUGCGCAUGUAGACACCGUAGUUGCACAGAGUUUCUGAACAUAUUCCGAAAUCCGAACUGAGAUUCUUCAGAGUUGUUGUAGCCUAUAACAUAAAAGUAGGCGAAAGAGAGAAAUGUCUUCGCAAAUUCUUGCCAAUCUACGUGCGACCGCGCAAUUGUGCAAAAGAGUGAAGUGUCUGCAGAGAUCUUGGGCACCUGGUAUAUCUGCUCAACAGAGUUGUGCCAUUCAUGUGGAUAACCCACCCAGUGUCCCAUCCCUGACUACCAGCUAUGCCCAUGGCAUCUCCUCUCAUCCACUGCUUUCUAAGACUGUGGACCAGUGCCUUCAAGCCUCAGUGGAGCGCUACCCUGACCGUGAAGCUUUGGUUUUUUUGCAGGAUGGAAUUCGCAAGACAUUUGCUCAGUUUCACCAAGAAGUGGAACUGUUAGCAGCAGGUCUGUUGGCUGUUGGGUUGAAGAAGGGGGAUCGCUUGGGGAUGUGGGGACCAAACAUCUAUGAGUGGGUGCUGAUGCAGUUUGCCACAGCCAAAGCAGGGAUCAUUUUGGUGUCAGUGAACCCUGCUUAUCAGUUGCAGGAGGUAGAAUUUGCACUCAGAAUGGUGCAGUGCAAUGCAAUUGUAUGUCCGACUCAAUUCAAGACCCAAAAGUAUUGUGAAAUGGUAAGGCAGAUUUUCCCAGAGAUGAACCGCACUUCUCCUGGCAGAAUCAAUAGUUUAAAACUACCAGAUCUUCACACUGUGAUCCUGACAGACAGUCACCAGCCAGGGACUUUCCACCUGAAUGAUGUGAUGCAGGCUGGGACUAACCAACACCAUCAGCAACUACAAGACCUGCAGAAAAAAGUCAUGUGUGAUGAUCCCAUUAACAUUCAGUUUACCUCGGGAACCACAGGAAGUCCCAAAGGAGUCACACUGACCCACCACAACAUUGUCAACAAUGCUUACUUCGUUGGCAUGCGCCUUGGCUAUGGCUGGAGGAAAAAUGUGCGAUUGUGCUUGCCAGUGCCGAUGUACCACUGUUUUGGCUCUGUGGGUGGUGGUAUGGUCAUGGCCUUGCAUGGUGUCACAUUGGUUUACCCAUCUACUGCUUAUGAUGUACAUGCCAACCUGGUGGCUAUGCAGAAAGAGAAGUGUACGUUUGUCUACGGCACUCCUACUAUGUUUAUAGACAUGCUUGGUCAGCGUGACCUGGCACAGUUUGAUUUGUCAUCAGUCGUGGGUGGUAUUGUGGCUGGCUCUCCUUGUCCUCCUGAGGUUAUCCAGAAUGCCAUCAAUAUCAUGGGUAUUAAGGAAUUGUCGAUUGUAUACGGGACGACCGAAAACAGCCCUGUGUCAUUCUGCGGCUUUCCAUUUGAUAGCACUGAGCGGAAGACACACACUGUUGGAUGUAUAACCCCCCACACUGAGGCCAAAGUAGUGGACCCUACAACAGGGCUGACUGUGCCUCUCGGCACUCAGGGGGAGCUGAUGAUUAGGGGCUACUGUGUGAUGAUGAAAUACUGGCAAGAUGAGGAAAAGACCCGCGAGUGCAUCACACAAGAUCGCUGGUACAAGACUGGAGACAUUGCCAGUUUGGAUAAGUUUGGAUACUGCAAAAUACAAGGACGUAUCAAGGACCUAAUCAUCAGAGGAGGAGAGAACAUCUACCCUGCUGAAAUCGAACAGUUCCUGCACACCCAUCCUAAAGUUCAGGAAGCACAGGUGGUUGGAGUGAAGGAUGAGCGAAUGGGAGAGGAGGUUUGUGCUUGUAUUAAACUGAAGGCUGACCAGGAAUGCACUGUAGAGGAGAUCAGGGCCUUCUGCAGGGGAAAGAUCACUCAUUACAAGGUGCCACGUUAUGUGACCUUUGUUCAGGGAUAUCCUCUCACGGUCACAGGAAAGAUCCAGAAGAACGAACUGCGGGAGCAGACAGAAAAACUGCUUGGACUGUGAAUGCAAAAGCACAACUGUAGUACUUUUAAUCCGGCCAUAAGCAAGAUAUUAACCUAAGGACUUACUGAUUUACUGAAAGUAUUGUACUUUUAUUGUUUCUUAAGUGUUGUUUUUAAAUAACAAACACAAUAUAAUGUUACUUAUAUACAUGCAAUAUACUAUUCGGUUAUGUACCAGUGGCAUUUUACUCAUGUACCUUUUUAAUCAUCUUUAUUUUUGUAAUGAAUUGUGUAUGAUACCAAAUAAUCCUUAAUGCCUUUAGAGGGAACAAAGAUAUUCUUUUAGUAACCAAUGUAAUUUUGCAACCAAAAUAUUCAGGAUUCACUAUUUCAGUGUGUAUGGCUAGACUGUCAUUAAUAUGCCUUUAAACUAGGACAUCUUUUAGAUCCAUCUACUAUGGUAUCUUUUUUUUUCUCUCGAUUUUUGAUAACUUUGAGUGACUCCAGCCAGGUCUCCCAAGCAUCCAAAUAGGCCCGGUUGCUAGGGAAGGUAGAGUAACAUGGGGUAACCUCCUCGUGGUCGCUAUAAUGUGGUUCACUCUCGGUGGGGCGCAUGGUGAGUUGUGCAUGGAUGCCGCAGAGAAUAGCAUGAAGCCUCCACAGGCACUAUGUCUCCGCGGUAACGCGCUCAACAAGCCACGCGGUAAUAUGCAUGAAUUGACGGUCUCGGAAGCGGAGGCAACUGGGAUUCGUCCUCCACCAUCCGGAUUGAGGCUAGUAACUAUGCCACGACGAGGACUUAGAGCGCAUUGAGAAUUGGGCAUUCCAUGUUGGGGAGAAAAUAAAUAAAAUAAAAUACUGAAAUAUCACAUUGACAUAAUUAUUCAGACCCUUAACUCAGUACUUAGUUGAAUCACCUUUGCCAGCGAUUACAGGCUCAAAUCUUUUUGGGUAUGAUGUGACAAGCUUUGUACACCUGAAUUUGGGAAUUUUCUGCCAUUCUUCUCUGCAGAUCCUCUCAAACUCUGUCAGGUUGGAUGAGGCCCAUCGGUAGGUAGCCAUUUUCAGGUCUUUCCAGAGAUGUUCGAUUGGGUUCAAGUCCGGGCUCUAGCUGGGCUACUCAAGGAGAUUCACGGAGUUGUCCCUAAGCCACUCUUGUGUUGUCUUGGCUGUGUGCUUAGGGUCAUUGUCCUGUUGAAAUGUGAACAUUCGGCCCAAUCUGAGGUCCUGAGCACUCUGGAUCAGGUUUUCAUUAAGGAUAUCUCUGUAUUUUGCUUCGUUCAGCCUUCCUUCAACCCUGACCAGUCCCUGCCGCUGAAAAACAUCCCCACAGCAUGAUGCUACCACCACCAUGCUAAACUGUUAGGAUGGUAUUGCACAGGUGAUGAGCGGUGCCUGGUUUCAUCCAGACAUGAUGCUUGGAACUGAGGUCAAACAGUUCAAUCUUCGUUUCAUCAGAGCAGAGAAUCUUGUUUCUCACAGUCUGUGAGUCCUUUAGGUGCUUUUUUGAUUUCUUGCACUGAGGAGAGGCUUUAGUCAGGCCACGCUGCCCUAAAGCCCAGAUCGGUGGAGUGUUGUAUUUAUGGAAUAUGUCCUACUGUAAGUUUCACCCAUCAACAUGAUCUCUGGAGCUCAACCAGAGUGACAAUCUGGUUAUUGGUCACAUCUCUUAUAAAGGCACUUCUCCCCAAUUGCUCAGUUUGGUUGGGAAGAGGAAGAGUCCUGGUUGUUCUGUAUUUCUUCCAUUUAACAAUUAUAGAGGCCACUGUGCUCUUGGGAACCUUUAAAUGCAGCCAAAGAUUUUUUGUAGCCUUCCCCAGAUCUGUGCCUCGACACAAUCCUGUCUCUGUGCUCCAUAGGCAUUUCCUUUUACCUCAUGGCUUGGUUUUAGAUCUAAUAUGCAUUUUCAGCUGUGAGACCUUAUAUAGACAGGUGUGUGCCUUUUCAAAUAAUGUUCAAUCAAUUAAAUUGGCCACAGGUGUACUCCAAUCAAAGUGUAGAAACAUCUCAAAGAUGAUCCAGAAAAAUGGGAUGC